GCCUGGCGAGCAGAGGGCAAUGAACCCCCUGCUCUGCGGUAAGGAAAGCUGAGCAGAGCCCUCCCUUGAACUGGCAUAGCUCCCUCCCGCGCUGCUCCGCAGUUGGCAGAGCCAGGAACUUGCGUCCUGAGUGACCGGCAGUGGCAGGAGCUGCACUUCGCCACUGUAAGAUUGCUGGGGACCAGUGGACCUCACAUCCCAAACAAUCCUGGACUUUGUGUGCGACAUGAGUCCAACCAUCUCUUACAAGGACAGCAGCCGGCAGCGCCGGCCUGGCGGCUACCACCACUCCAUGGACAUGGAGAUCAAGCCCCCACCACCAACUGUAGACAUGGAUAAUCACACUGAGAGACUAGGAGACGAAGACACAGAGGCAUUGCUCCAGGAACUUAACUCACCAUCCUGUGUGGUACCCCGAGGAUAUCGGGCAGAACUGGGUAGUAUCCUGCUCCUCCUUUUUCUAUAUGUGCUACAGGGAAUCCCGCUGGGGCUGGCAGGCAGCAUCCCACUCAUCUUGCAGAGCAAGAAUGUCAGCUAUACGGACCAGGCUUUUUUCAGCUUUGUCUUUUGGCCUUUCAGUCUCAAGCUGCUCUGGGCCCCAUUGGUGGAUGCAGUCUACUUUAAGAGCUUUGGCCGUCGCAAGUCCUGGCUUGUGCCCACUCAAUACAUCUUGGGUUUUUUUAUGAUGUACUUGUCCACGCAGGUAGACUUCUUGUUAGGAGAUGUGGAGGGCAAGAGUCCUGAUGUGGUGGCCCUCACUGUGACUUUUUUUUUGUUUGAGUUCCUGGCUGCCACACAGGACAUUGCAGUGGAUGGCUGGGCACUGACUAUGUUGUCCCGGGAGAAUGUGGGCUAUGCUUCCACAUGUAACUCUGUUGGCCAAACAGCAGGUUAUUUCUUGGGAAAUGUGUUGUUCUUGGCUCUGGAAUCUGCUUCCUUCUGUAACAAAUAUUUGCGGCUUCAACCUCAACCCAAAGGAAUUGUUACGCUUUCAGAUUUCCUAUUUUUCUGGGGAGCUGUCUUCUUGGUAACUACCACUUUAGUUGCCCUCUUGAAAAAGGAAAACAAGGAAGUAGCACCAUCAAAAGAAGAAACAAAAGGCAUCACUGAUACAUACAAACUGCUUUUGUCAAUAAUCAAAAUGCCGGCAGUUCUUACUUUCUGUAUCCUGAUUUUAACAGCAAAAGUUGGCUUCUCGGCAGCUGAUGCAGUAACAGGACUUAAAUUGGUGGAAGAAGGAGUACCUAAAGAACACUUAGCUCUAUUAGCUGUUCCAAUGGUACCUUUACAGAUAAUACUGCCUCUGAUCAUCAGCAAAUACACUGCAGGUCCACAGCCACUGAAUAUAUUUUACAAAGCCAUGCCUUUUAGGUUAUUGAUAGGCUUGGAAUUUGCUUUUUUGGUUUGGUGGACUCCUAAUGUGCACCAUGAAGGAGGAUUUCCUAUCUAUUACUAUAUUGUGGUAUUGCUGAGUUACGCUUUACAUCAGAUUACGUUGUACAGCAUGUAUGUUGCUAUAAUGGCUUUCAAUGCCAAAGUUAGUGAUCCACUGAUUGGAGGAACGUAUAUGACUCUUCUAAACACUGUGUCAAAUUUGGGAGGAAACUGGCCUGCUACAGUAGCUCUUUGGCUUGUGGAUCCACUUACAGUGAAAGAAUGUGUAGGUGCAGAGGAACAGAAUUGUGGAACUACAGCUGCUGCGGAACUCUGUACAAAACUUGGUGGCUCUUGUGUUACGACGCUGGAUGGUUAUUAUGUUGAAUCCAUAAUAUGCGUUGCUCUGGGAUUUAUCUGGUGGUUCCUUCUUGGGCCAAAAUUUAAAAAGCUGCAGGAUGAAAAACCAUCUUCAUGGAAGUGCAAGAGGACCAACUGAUGUAAUUUAAAUACUAGAUUGGACUAGGGGGGUUGUUAGAGCUUAGUUUUAGUGCAGAGACAUUUCAUACUCAAUAAACAGGAGUAGACAUAUUUUUAAAAUGCCAAAUGGCUGGAAAAACUAAGGCCACUGAAAGUGGCAUUUGUGUAUGCAAUACCAUUUGCCCUGUGUGAAAAUCUAGUUAAGGUCAGAAAAGUAAUUCUCAAAAAUGGCAUAUUUGUACUACAGAUCUAUGUCCUGUCCAAUACCUUGAGACUCAUAGCUGCUUUUAUCUGUUUAGACAAAUAACACUUAAAUUGCAGUGCUGUAGCUAUAGAAGAGCAAACUGUUCCAUAUAUAAAAUAUCUCAAUCAGCAUUUUCAUCUAAAUUCUGUGUUCUCUUUUAGACAAAGUUUAAGCAGAAACUGUUUGGCUUGAUCAAUUAGCAAGUCGAUCUUGGGAGUGCUGUCAUUAAAAAAGUAUCAAUGUAACUUAUAAACUAAGCAUAUAUAAAUAACACUGAUUGAGGAAGAAUAAAUGUAGGACACAUAUGUCAUUUCUUAACACUUUCCUGACCAUAAUCACACUUCAAUGGAUGAAACUGUGUUUAAAAGCCUAUUUUAAAUGUAUUUUCUGGCUCUUAUAAACUUUAAAGAUUUAUAAGAAACGUAUUUUUUUAUAAAUUGAAAGUCAUGCUUUUUAAUUUAUUGUCUCAUUUAAGGGCACUAUGUUGAUUCACUUUAUGAAAUACUUUUUGCGGUAAAACUAGUAUGAGGUGGGAUUCAUGGUACAAGUGUUGAACAAUGUCCUUGGUAAGCCAUGAGUGUCGAAGGAUCAGAUCGAGUGUUGAAGCUUUUGUCGUGUUAAAAGCUAAGCUUCAAAAUAAUAAAAGCUGGCAUAAUCCUUAUUGGGUUCUGUUUGCAUUUGUGAAGGAGAGAAGUGACUGGCUGUGUAGUUCUUGUAUUAUGUGAGAAUUGGAACAUACAGAUUAGGAAAUGAGUGAGAAGUCCUAAACAUGUAUGUACAGUCCAAAGAGAAGGGUGAACAAAAGACAUUGGGUGAUCUUGAAAGAUGUAGUAUGUGGUAGGGAAGUUAAAAACCAUGUCUUUUGUAAACGUGUACCCUCUGAAAUUUUAAUGUUUACACAUGGGAGAGGGCAGAAGCUCCAUGGGAGCUGGCACCCGAAGGGAGCUGGCUUUUAAGAUGGCUCCUGCUGAGCCCCUUCCCCUCCCGCGCUGUUACCUCUAACACAGGUGGGGGGGACGGGAGCAAGCUGGAGCUAGUGCUUGUGGGUAGCUGGCUUUUAAACAGAGACACUCCCCCCGCCCAUCUCUGCACUGCUGCUGAAAAGCCGGCUCCUGUGGGCACCAGCUCCCACCUGCCCUGCCACACCUCUGAUACAGAGACGGCGGGAUGGGGAGAGCCUUGCAUGUAACCAUGAGGGUUAACAGAGUGCACUACCACAUCCCUCAUGUGUGGUGAUGAUAAAAUUGCUUAUUACAUUAGGCAAUUAACCCAUCAAGGAAUAUUUUUUUUAACUGUACCAAAUAACACGUGGCAUUAUCUCAAUAAUUCCUUCAAAAACUCAGAAACAGGUAGGUACUUUCUAAUUGAGUUGUAUGUGCUGCAUUCAUUAUCAAAUGAAUUAGCUUCUUGAGUGCCUUAGGGAUUCACAACAUGCUGCAUAUCCAGUGAAAAAACACUUGUGUAUUUUGUUCAAUGUAUGUCACAGAUCAUUACUUCAACUGAAUAUUAAACUUACCUUUUAAAGGUAGGUUAAUAUCUAAUUCCUUAUAGUACAAAAUUAAAAAUCAAACCAUUGCUGUCUGCUGGGUAGGUGUAAACAGGUCAUACAAGGCUUUAACAACGUGACAGCAAUUGUCAGUUUUCAGCCAUGAACAAAAACCUCUUAUGAUUUGAAUAUCAUUUUUAUUUUUUGUCUGCAUACAAAAAAUUAUGAACUGCAGAAUAUAUACAACUAAGUGCAGACAUUUUACAGCUGACGCUCCUUUUGCAAUUCUGUAUUAUUGUAUGUGUCUGUGCCAAGGUGAUUCUUAUUACUAAAAUAUUUUGUAAUUGAAGUAACUAAAUCAUCAGAGCAACUUUGCAAUUUAAAAGUAAAACUGAAAGCAGCAUCAAUAGUACAACGAAGUAAUGUAUUUGAAAUGUAUUUUACAUAAAGUCAGUACAUUAUUACUUGCAAUGGCUGGUCUAUUAAAUGAAGGAAUAUCUUGUGCUGUACUCAUGCUUUAAUUGGAAAUGCUGCAGUUAUACAUUUGAGUGGCAGAUUGCUAAAUGAUCCUUUUUUCUCUCAUAAAGAGGAAUAAAUUGCUAUUUUGAAGGGGAAAAAUAUAACACCAGAGAUCAUAAAUGGUAGCUAUAUUUUAUUAAGAUCUAGAUGUGCACAGAUUUCAUUUGACGUGGUGAUAACUUGCUACUCAUUUAAAUAUUGAGUAGUAAGUUAAGUGAUGCACAUGCUAGGUACUUUUAUGUAGAAACUUUGCAUAAUGUAAAUGGUUAAUUUUUCUCUUAGUCACUAGAUGUUUUAUUGCACCAAUAAAUAGACUUUUCCACAGCACAUGUAGGGAGCAGAAUGAUCCUUGACCAUGUGCACAUCUAGCUCAUUAAUCUGAAUCAGUUUCUGGGUUGCAGUGUUCAAAAGUUGUUGUUUGCCAGCUAUGAUAAGGAUCUCAGCCAAAGAAGUUGUUGGUCUCAGAACCUCUCUUAGUAGUUCAGUGCUGAUGUCAAAUAUCAGGCCCUCUUGUUUGGCAGUCACAGCAAAGAGCUGAAGGAUUGAAGGCUCGUGUAAACUCAAAGUUAUGCUAUGUUUCUAGAUGUGUCUGCAGAACAGAGUUGAGGUUCAUUGUUUGGGCAGUGUAGGAAUGUUCUUGGAUCCAUUUAGUAACGAGUUUGGUUUUUUUAUUCUAGUACUAUCAGUCCAAUUCCCUUUCACAAGCAUUUAAACGUUUUCCCUUUUUAAAUUAACAAUUACAGUGUCUCACUUUGCUCAAAUACUACUUCUUAGCUAGUACUCAAGUUGAUUAGCUUACUAUCAAAUUUUAUGAAGUAUCAAUAGCAAUUUUUUGUAACAUUGUUUUCAGGUAGCUUUCAAUGUAGCUUUAUGAAACUACAAUGCAAUAUUACAAACAGUCCAGUGAUCUGAAAUAUGAUAUACAUAUAUAACUGUGAUAUAAAUAUAUAACUGAAGGGUGGUGAUCUUGAGUCCUGAUAAAACAGGAAAGGGAGAUGAUAUACUGCGGAGUUCUCAACUUCUCCUGAGCUAGGGGCCCCUAAAGUGUGGUGUGUGUGGUGUUUUUUUGUUUGUUUGUUUUUUUUAAAUACUUGAAGCCUUGUUUUAAAAACAGAAUUUUCCAGUAUAAUCAAGACGGAACUAGAGCUAUUAAUAUAUUGAUUCUAAUAGAGGAGAUGCUACUUUAAGACCACAAGAUCAACGGAAUAAUUGUGCAUAGAAUAGGGAACCCUUUAAAGCAUAAACCUUAAUACCCACAAAGUUUUCAGGGCAGUAUUUCUCAGUGUCAGCACUGAAGAAUGCUAGUGGACACUGCAACCCUGUAUGUCAGGUCACAACACCACUUACUCAAAUUUGACCCAGAUGACACUAUGUUAAGAUGGAGGCGUGGUCAAGUCAAAUUUGUGUGGCUGCAAUCCUGUGUGUCAGGUCACAGUGUUGCUCAGUCAUAUGGCCAUAAUGCCACUUGCUCAAAUUUGGCUUUACCCUCCCAUUUGUCAUGAAAGAAGAAUGACCAGGCCAAAUUUAAGUGAAUGGCAUAAGGACCCUGUGAAUGAGUAGGAAGAUUUGCUGCUGCCCCCAUCCCUAUGUUAAAAACUGCUGUUAAAUAGUCUGUGUAUCAUAGUGGCUCUUAUUGCAUUAAUCCAACAAACUUUUUGGAUUCAAUCUUGCAAGGCACUGAGCACACUCAACUCCUGUUUGAAGACUGCAGGAGUUGAGGAUUUGCAGCAUCUUGCAGGAGUGCUCAGAAUCAUGCAGGACCAGUCCUUAGUAUAUUUAACCAUUUUUACCCAGUCUAAAGCUAUGGCAAAAAGAGGCUUUGAGAACUGUCUGUACGUGGCUGCUUGUGUAAAACUUUAUAAUAAAUAUUGUUCUGAUAGAAGUCACUUCCUUGUAAUUCUGUCAUGAAAAAUCCAGGUUUAGAGGACUUACAUUUUGUGUACUUCCCUUACAAGUUAAUUGAACAUUUUACACCAUUUCAAACUUAAUACUAAAUAAGACACAUUUCAAACAUUUUCCAGUGAAAAUCCUGUAAUACACGGUUACUUCUAGUUCAUAUUACUAGAUCUAUAAGGCUGAAAUUUGUUGUAAGCAUUUUAAUUUGAACCUUCAACAUAUUGUUAAAAGAUUCUUGAUACAGGAACACUCUCUUUUUUUUAUUGUUGCCUUGGUUUAUAAGUUUGUCUGAACUCUACUGUAUCUGAACUGUCAUGACCAUAUUGGUAUUGUCUAAUGUACUGCUUUUUCCUGAAGAAGCCUAAAACUGGUAAUUUGAGAUACAGAAUUGUAGGAUAUAAAAAUGGAUAUGACCAUUGGUGGUGUUUACACAGUUCUUAAUGAAAGCUGAUAGAAUGUAAUGCAUAAAUGAACCUCUUUAACUUUAGCACUGGGGAAAAGCAAUUUCAGCAGUUGGCUGAUAUCCAGGAACUCUGGUUAAGAAUGAAUUUAUUAUGAAAUUCAGUUAUUGUUGAACUAAUUUUGGGAACACAAUAAAAUAGUAAGUACAUGCUGGAAAAUUUUUAAACUUUUUAAGUGUACUAUCCUGGAGAUAAAUGGGGAAAAUUUAAUAAUUUGUUUAUAGUCUUUUUAUGAUACAAGAGAAAUAAAACACGUUACCAUUUUAAAAUAUUAUUGUUUAAUUUACUUUUGUGAAACUGGAACAAAACUAUAGUGGAACCAUAACUAAAAUGCCUGCUCUGGAUUAUUGCAAAUGGCUGAUUUAUGUAAAGUUACCUCUGAAUUAGUUUUCUACUUUUACAAAGAUUGUUUUAAAAAUAUUUUUGUUAAAGGGUUUAUUACUGUUUGUAAUGUAGCUGUGAUGAUCCUAGGAUAUGAGACACAUAAGUUAGAGAAGGUGAUAUCUUAUCCGGCACCAACUUAAUCUGUUCCCUUCCACCAGAAGAGGUUGGUCCAGGAAAAGGUAUCUUCUCAUCCACCUGGUGUCUCAGGGUUUAUUACGUCUCUUCUGAGACUCUUAAAAUCAUUCACUUUAUUGUAAGUGUGACAAGACAUCAGAUGAUUACUUCCUUAAUGCUGUCCAUUAAAAUGCUGAAUUUAUGGAAACAUUAAUUGGAAAAAUCUUUGGACUUUUUAUUUCAAUAAUAUAUUGUAACUUUUUUUAUUUAUUUUGUGGAUUUCACUUUGUUUUGCAAUGAAAGCAUUUCUUGAAAUUUUCUUGUUUUUUAAAUAAAGGAUCAUUAAAAACAUACUUGGUAGCAACUGGAAUUAUACACCACUGAAUAGCAGAAAUUGGUAGCACAAAUGCAUUUGCACUACCUACAGCAUUUGUUGUGGGAUCUUUCUUUCUAAGAUCCCGUGUCUUCAAAUUGCCAAAAUCCUUUCUAUCAAUCUCUCUGAGCUUCAAAUUACUAAGUGAAAUUCAAAUCUUAUUUCUCCUAUUAAUUUGUGGAUCAGUGGAGAAAAUUAAAGGACUGUUAUCUACGAUGAUGUUUAUCAAAAUGAUCUCUGAAACCAGUAAAGUUUCAGUGUUGUAAGAAUACCAAAGCCCAAACUUUUGAAUGCUCUGUAACAUUAUGG